ACAUCAAAUCUGUGGCCCUAGGAAAAGGUCCACAACAACUCAACAGUCAGUGCUCUGGUACCCAAGUUUCAGACGCCCUUGGCAUCCCGAUCAUAGUGUGGCUAGAGGACAGGAGGUGCCUGUUAAGCACUUCUCUUUUCUACCAAUGUUGCUCCAGUUGCCAGAAUUAUUAGUACUGGAGUGUCUCCUGGCUAAAGCUCAUGAUGGAUCAUUCUUGGCAUACCCCUCUUGAAAAGGUAGCUCUAGCAAGUCCAACACCAUGGUCUUCAUCUUCAAGUGAUUCAUCUCAACACCAUUCUGUGCCUUCUUCUCCCAGAGCUCCUCUCUGUGCAGCUACUUCAGAUCUUCAUAGACCAAUAUCUAUUUCCCCACCUUCCUCCUUGUCUCCUGUGGAUCACCAUUACCCACUGUUUGAUUUACCUAUUGGAAAUACACAAGGUGAUGCAUCCAAGGUUACAAUGAGAUGCAGGGAUACAGAUGUAUCACAGAAGUCAACAGCAUCUACACCUCAGCAUAAAUAUGAAAGCACAGGUAUGAGCAUGGAAGAAUUAGCUACUGUUGGGAAGUGGAUAGCAGACACACAAGAAGAGCUGAAGAAAACCAGGGGUGUGGGCAACCUGCUGGGUCCUCCGCCUUCACGUUUGUCUGCAAUUAUUCAGGGGCUUUCUACUGGCACAUUUGAUGAAGAUAAAUACAUAAUUUCUCGGAGAGUAGACCAACACAUCGACAGAGUAUUUAGAAAUGCUGUGAUAAACGAUAAGGAAGGAAAACGUGUACCAUCAACAUCAUGCAAUGUGCCACCAGUCAGCCGGUGUUCCAUUGGGCCAUGUGACCAUGAAGCUAAGCCUUACAUGUCUGCUGCUCCCUCUCAGUGUGACCAAGACCCAAAACCUGAUAAACCACAGAUCCCUCCCCAAGCACAGCCUGUGUCUUACUUUUCAAAGCAGCCUCUACCCCACCCUGUAACUCGUCCACCACCACUUUUCAUGCCAUCACUUAAUACACAAAGACCAAGUGAUCCAUUAGAGCCUCUUCAAGGCUAUGUAUUUAAAGGUAAAAAAAUACAUAAGAAUAAAAGAAGACACAAUAAAAAUAUAGGAGUUCAAACUACCAAUCUAAUAAAAGAACAGACAUCUAAUAAUACUGAAGAAAAAAUGAAAGAUAUUUCAACACAUCCUCAUCCCGAUACACCAAGAAAUGAUGGAGCUGAAGAAUUAAAAGGAGUUUCUGAUGUAUCAAAAACAAACAGGAGGAUGCAAGACUUAAAACUUAAACUUAAAAUAUCUUCUCAAGCAAGUGUGAACAUUCCAAGAGAGAAUACAACAUUAUUGCUUCCAGGUAUAUCAAUAACUCCACGUGACCUUCCUGUUAGGCAGUCACAGGACAAAAAUAUGAUUAUUGAGGUGAUUCAUGAAAGCAUGAAAGAGGAUCCCUUAUCAUUAAGAAUUAGUAGUCAAACUGAAGAUAAUCAACCUGACAACAGUGACAAGUACAAUAAAGAGUUAAAUGAUGAAGCAUCUCAAAUGAUAUUUAGUAACAGCAAUGCAGAUGUUGAAAGAUCAUUAUCUAAUGUUGCAUAUGUACUUCAAGUGAAAACCAAUGGGGAAGAGGACCAUCAGUUACACAAUGAUCAAACACCACUGGUAGAAGAAACAAACAACAAUAAACCAGAUAUUGUAUAUGUUAUAGAUUAUAAUGAGAAAGACAAGCAUAACAGACAGCAAGGGCUAAGUAACAACUUUGGUGUUGAUGAUGACAACAGAAGCAGUGACAAUGAAAUAGAAAGUUUGCCAAAAGUGAAGUGGAAAGAGGUGGUUGUAGAAGAAUGCAGGGAUGAAAAUGAUGAAAAUAUACAAAAAGUGUUAUAUGAAGCGGAAGAUAGAUUGUGUCAGUAUGAUCUCAAGUUAAGAAUUUUACAGAGACUUGAAAAGCGACUGAGAGACCUGGUGCAAAUAGAACCAACCCCAGCUGCUGUGCCAGAUGCCCAAAUUGAGUUUGUACCAGUUCUUUCCCAGGACAACCACCAGGAUAAACAGUGUGAUGACCAAACUCAGUUUCCUCUGGAAGCCAGGACAGCAGUGAGAGCAGUUCUGGAAGGUUUAGUGCGAGAGAGACUGAACGCAGCAGCUUUACAGGUCAAAGAUAAUGAUACAGAGGAAGAAGCAAUUUCACCAUGUCACAGCUUGAGCCAAGAUAAGUCAAGCAGUACCUCACAAAUAAACGCUCCUUCAGAUUCCCAUCAUGAAGCUCUGCCUGAGUCACAUGGCCUUGAGCAGAUAAGAACACCUUCUCCAUCUCCCUCACCACCAAAAGAGGAGGCAUCUCCAAGGAGACUGUUAACUCCUCAGCUUUCCCAUGAAGAGGAAAAGGCUAGUGAAGAUGUUGCAACUCCUCCUCCAUCACCUACAUUCAAAGUGCCAAUGUUAGAUAUAAAAUAUCAAGUGACUCCCUCUGUAACUCCUGGAUCUUCUCCAGGCAAAGUGAGGAAAAAUGUCACUCCUGAAUGUACUCCCAGAGUUUCUCCUUUCCAUCUGGGAAAUGUGGUACAACAGCCCAACACUCCAACAGAGUCUCCUACACCACAGCAGGCAUUAGAUGAAGAAAUGGAAGCCCAUCAUAUUCCUACACCUACAUCUUCAGCAUCAUCACCAACCCCUUACAAGCCACCAAAACCUGACUCUGUUGGUUCAUUAUCAUCAUCAUCUCAAGCUAUGGCAGAGAGAAGUAUUCCAAGGUUGCUUGACCAGAGCACCCAGGCACAUAUGACAGAUAGAACACCUGCAGCCAUGGAGGAUGUAGAAACUCAAGUGUCAUAUGAAGACAACAGAAACUUUGCUUUCCCCGAGACUCCAUCAAUCAUUUGUCAGUCUUCAACUGAUAUCACUGUAUCUUCAUUAGCAGAGGCAAGUGAUGUCACUUGUUACACUGUAUCUGACGGAGAGAUCAUCAGUGGUGCUGCAGUAGUGAACACAUCAGUGGAGGAAGGAGAAGUGGCUUUAACCCAACACCUUCACUACUUAACCAGUGACAGUGCCAGGACCACGGCUUUCAUAAACAAAACUACUGAACCUAAUAGGGCAUGUGUACAAUGUUCCAAGUGUCAGAAUGUGAUGUCUGAGGGAGAGUUAGAGCUGGAUGAGAGCAGUGAAGGAUUGUUGAGUAUGGAGGAUCAUGAAAGUGGCAAAGACCAGCAAGUGACUUCAGAGGAAUCUCAAGUGGAAUUGUUGCAGCCAAGCCAGAUAAUUGCCACACCUGUAGACAGUCUGCAAGUGUCGGUUGUCCAGAAUGAGAGUUACUCGAGCGGAGAUGCCACAACGCUCUCCAACGAUGACUUGACAAAACUUCGCGAAGAAAAUUCACAGCUGUUGUUUCGGUUAAGGAACUUUGGUUCAUUUUCCUUCCUUACCAAAAACUUCCAGUCUUUCCAUUCAUCAUCAUCAUCAUCAUCAUGAUCUUAUUAGCAAUAAUAAUAAUGUUUACUUCUGUGAGCCAUACAAAAAAAUGUAGUUAAAUGUAUUUAUAUAAUAGUAGGCACAAAAGAAAUCCACUGAUUAUGCAGUGCUUAAGUGCCUUAUGUAAUUACCUUUAUGAAGUUACCUGAGCUUGUGCAUCAUCCUCAAUAAUUCUUAUAUAAUUUUAUAAUUUUUUCAGUUUGUAGCACUUGUUACUCAGUUCUAUAAUUUAUUUCUUUGCUUAAUCAUUUUGCAAAAAAAAAAAAAAAAAAAAAAAACCUUCAUUUCCAUAUUUUUCCCAACUUACAGCUGUGGCCUUUUGUUUUUCCUGUUGAAGGUACAAAUAACACAAGAAUAGUGUAAUAAUGCUGAGCUGUUAAGGAAAAAAAAUUAUUAAAUCUUUUGGAAAGUAAUGAAAAAGCUGUUUGUACUGUAAUAAGUAAAUCAAUAAAUAAGUAUGCAGUUGUUUCUCACUUGUCUGUACCUUUCUCACAAGUACAUGCUAAUCUCACUUGUCUGCAAUUUGAAUUGUACUACAGUACCAAAAUUCUACUUACAGUGGUCCCUCAAUAAUCAUCCUGCUUGAAAGUCGUCCAUUUCGGAAAGUCCUGUUAUUUCGUCUAAACAUUGGCUCGCAAAUGAUUCGUUAACUCGCUAA